AUGUCUGACAUUUACGCACGAUGGAGGGCACAGUACGUACGUGCUGCCGGAAACAUAUAUUAUGUCGACUAUAAUCAGAAGCAGGAAGCUGACCCAAAGAACGCUGUUACGUGCUCAGAGGCACAUGGGUAUGGAAUGUUGUUGUCGGUGUAUAACAAUAACCAACAGGAUUUCGAUGGUUUCGUCCGGUACUUUGACGUCUUUCGAAACCAGAAAGGUCUCCUAUCGUGGCAACAAAUCCGGGACCACUCUGGGCGUCUAGUCAAUACUCCCGAUGGGGGCUGCAAUUCCGCCACGGAUGGUGACAUUGAUAUUGCGCAUGCCUUGUUCCUUGCUGCGGACAAGUGGCCUAUGAUGGGUGAUGUUAAUGGACGAGCGGUUCCGAGUGAUUAUGCGAGGAGGGCUGUGGAUCUUUGCAAGGCGAUCUGGGAACAUACUGUCAAUCAAGAGUUGUGGUGUUUUUUACUUGGGGAUUGGGUGACAAGGGACGACAAAAAGUUUUGGCACAUUACUCGAACCUCGGAUUUCAUCCUUAGCGCCGUGGCCGUCUUUGCCCGCCGUGACACGGAACGCGCAAGUGGAUGGCAACGCCUCCUAGACAACACCAUCACCAUCAUCCAACACCUCCAUACAGCACACCCCAUUGGUCUCCUCCCCGAUUUUGCCACGAUACACCAUGGACAUUGGAUACCCGUCAAAUCUCAAGUCCUCGAAAGCAAACACGAUAAGGAUUUUCAUUAUAAUGCGUGUCGGACGCCGUGGAGGCUAGCUGCGUAUUUAAGAGAAACGGGAGACCAGCGUGUGGUCCCUGUGUUGCAAGCCAUGGCACGAUUUUUUGAUGGACAGGAGGAAAUCCGUGCUGGGUAUCACCUUGAUGGUCGUCCCUAUGCUGAUUAUGGCGACAAGGCCUUUACGGCACCAGCGUGGAGCUGUCUCCAUGUCAUGGGUUCACCCCAUGCCCAAAAGGUUUGGAAAGCAAUCUCGGAUGAGGAGCCGUCGUAUUUUGGGGAUUCUAUUGAGGCGUUGUGUGUUGCGCAGUGUCGGUGA